AUGGUCGUUCAAUGCUUAUCCAUAUCGCUAUUCUCCGGACAGCGACUCAUUCGAUUCUUGGCCAAAGACGGCUAUGUUUACUAUGGUGAUGCCAUUCUCCCGGCCGGCGUCAGCGACCUUGCCAAAGUGACCAAGGCAAAGGUGAUCCAAGGUGACAUCUUCGGUCAGCACUGUGUCACAGACAAGGUCUCCGAGGUUAAGAUGCUUCUUGCGCCUCUGGCCAGGAAAGAUAUUAGGACGGUCCGCUGUCUGGGUUUGAACUAUGAGCAACAUGCGAAAGAGUCCAACCUCCCCAUCCCAAAAUAUCCCGUCCUAUUCUACAAACCAAUCACGUCCAUCGCGGGCCCCACCGAUGAUAUUCCGAUAUCUACUAUGGCGCAAGAAGGCGAAGGUCUCGAUUACGAAUGCGAACUCGUUAUCGUCAUCGGCAAGGAAGCCAGAGAUGUUCCUGAGAGCCGGGCUCUAGACUACGUGCUGGGCUACGCCGUGGGUAAUGAUGUCUCUCAUCGGGAUUGGCAGAUCAAGCGAGGGGGCGGUCAAUGGGGUCUUGGGAAAGGUUUCGAUGGUUGGGCGCCGUUUGGACCAGGCAUCGUGUCCUCGCGGUUGAUCCGUGAUCCCAACGCACUUCAUAUCUCGACGAAGCUCAAUGGCCAGGUUGUUCAGUCUUCCUCUACUAAGGACAUGAUUUUCAGCGUUGCGAAGGUUGUGGCAUUUUUGUCUCAAGGCACCACCCUGUUACCGGGGGACCUGAUCUUCACCGGAACCCCGCAGGGCGUGGGCAUGGGCCGAAAACCCGCCCUUUGGCUGAAGGACGGUGAUCAGGUUGAAGUGUCUCUCGAAGGAGUGGGAUCAUGCGUAAACCAAGUUGUCUUUGACAGACCCUCUGCUAAGCUUUAA